AUGCUGCGCUGGGCGGCGGUCGCGGUGAGGCCCAAGCGCCAAGCGCGCGCGCUGCACACGCUGGCCCCAAGCCUGUCCAAGCUCGUGCACGAUGCAGAGGCAUCGGCCAAGAAAGACGCGGCGCUCGACCAGCCGGUCCAGGCCGAUGCUUGGGUCGCGACCAUGCGCCGCCAAAAAACACGCACGUUCCUCGAGCUGACCGAUGGCACGAUGGGCGGCGGCGCGACGCUGCAGGCGAUGCUCGUGGGUGAUGCGCCGGGCAUGGCGCCGGGCAUUGCCGUGCACCUCCAGGGGCGCAUGAAGGCGGGGCGGGGUAAAAAGCAGAGCCAGCAAGUCGAGAUGCACGUCGACGCAUACGAUAUCCUCGCCGAGAGCGAGCUCGCGACCUACCCCCUCGCGCACCUCAUGCACCGUGCCGAGAGCGGCGAUGCCGUGCACGCUCAGGCGGCCGACAUUGUGCGCCGCGAGUCGCAUUUCAAAGCGCGUACCGCCCACUACGGUGCCUUGUCGCGGACGCGCGCACGGAUGGAGCGCGCGAUGGAUGCGUGGUUCGCCAAGGAGGACUUUACCAAAAUGUACCCCCCGAUCCUCACCUCGUCCGACUGCGAGGGCGGCGGCGAGAUCUUUCGUGUGGUCUCGGACACGGACGUGAACCCGACCAAAGCGACGACGCCGGAAAGCCUCACGGCGUUUUGGUCGGGCAGCGGCGCGUACCUGAGUGUCUCGGCACAGCUGCACCUCGAGGCAUACGCGCUCGGCCUCUCGCGCGUCUACUGCCUGUGCCCCGCGUUCCGCGCCGAGGGCUCGGCGACCAAUCGGCACCUCGCCGAGUUCUGGAUGAUGGAGGCGGAGCUGUGCUGGGUCCCGAAAGGGCCGCAAGGCCUCGAGAUGGUCAUGCAGGGCCUCGAAGAGACGACCAAAAUGAUGGUCCGCGCCGCCGUCGGCCUCGAUGGAAACGACCGCCAGGCGGAGCGCGCCAAGCACGACAUGGACCUCCUCCUGAACGAGGACAGCGCAGCGGUGCUGCACAAGCAGGCCGGGCUCGAUACGCAGUGGCCGCGUAUCACCUAUACCGACGCAGUGGCCAAGCUGCGUGCGCACACGGCGCAGGAGCCGGGUGCGUUUGAAGAGGAGGCCGUAUGGGGCAACUCGCUGCGUUCCGAGCACGAGCGGUGGCUCGCUGCCGAGGCCGGCACGCCCCUCUUUGUCACCGACUACCCCACCGGCCUCAAGCCGUUUUACAUGCGCAAGAACGAAACGCCGGUGCGCCUCACCGAUGCGCUGGCGCCGGGAUGCGAUGGCAAAGAGGGGGUGACCGUAGCGUGCUUCGACCUGCUCGUGCCGCAGAUCGGCGAGCUGGCCGGCGGCAGCCUGCGCGAAGAGCGUGAAGACGUUCUGCGUGUGCGGAUGCAAGAGCACGGGAUGGACCCCGAUGCGAGCUCCUUUGCGUGGUACACCAAGGACCUGCGGCGCUACGGCGGCGCGCCGCACGGUGGCUACGGACUCGGGAUGGAGCGCCUGCUGAGCUGGGUGACGCAUAUCGACAAUGUGCGUGAUAUUGUGGGCUUCCCCCGUGUCAAAGGGCCGCUGCGCUACUGA